AUGGAUGCCAAUCAAAAGAAAUGGAUCAUGGAUACAAUAUCCACAAUUAAUGACUGGGCAAAAGAUAUGACCCAGUUCGAUAAGAAAACGCAGGAAGAGUUAGAUCAAAGAAUUCAGGAUGAUAUUGCAGAUUUCGUAAGUAUUCCUGAGUUUUAUUCAAUACCACUGCCUAUUAUUAUUAGAAAUAUCAAACGUGCACAGUACGUAUUCUCAUCUCGUGAAGCAGCUAUUGCUAUGCGUUCAUGUUUAGAAUAUCAUAAGGCGCCUGGUUUAGGUGUUUUAGGAUUUAUUCAAUUGAGAGAAGGCUCUGGCACUACUGCUUUCGAGGCUAUUAAAGAAUUGACAGAUAGUCCUAUCAUUAACCAGUUAGUUAUCCAUCCUUUCGGAGCUCCAUCAAAAAUCAAGUCAGAAUCCGAACUUAACUUAGAAAAACUACAGCAGCAACGUAAAGCAUUACUAAAAGAAACCAAUCAAAAGAUGAUUCAGUCCGAAAAUUUAGUUAAAGAUUUAACAAAGCGAAAAGAGGACGGAGAGAAGUUUAAAGAGCGUUGCCAUAACUGGCCUCAAGAUAGAAAGAAAUACGAAGACGCAAUAGACGCUUUUAUUGAAGAAAACAAAGAACUCGAAGAAGAUAACCUCAAAUGGAAGAAUGCUGCAUUCAGAAAGUUCGAUACAAAGAAACAGACAACAAUCAAUCAUGAUAUAUGUGACGCUUGCGAUAAAGACGACGCCGAAAGUGUUAUCUUCUUAAUUGAGAAAGAUAAGUCGAUCAUCAACAAACUUUACGAAAGCAAAGAUACAGGAGAAGAAUGGACACCACUUAUGCAUGCUUGCGAUAAGGGUAGCUUCGAAUGUGUCAAAGUUUUGCUUAAUAACGGCGCAGAUCCGAACAAAAAGGCUUGGCAUGGUUCUCCUUUGAGCUAUGCCCAGAAAGGAGGAUACAGUAAUAUCAUUGCUCUUCUUAAAGAGAAUGGUGCGGAAGAUUAUUAG